CAUCAAAUCCCGUGAUUGAACUGGAAGGGGAUGAAUUUUGGCCACUUUCUGGGAAACCCUUUUUUGAUGUGGUUCUCACGAAAACAAAUAUCAAAUGCCUGUACCAACUGGUAAAUUAUUCCCUAAUUUCCCAUGUUUAAAUGGUGGUGGUCCCAGGCAAAUUUAGUGCAACACUACCUUCCUGUUCAAUCCCUACGGUUCUCAUAUUUCGGGGCAAGAACUGGGAGAUGAUAUAUCAUGGAUCAUCCAGCCAUAAAAGGCUUGAUAACUGGAGAGCGUUUGCCGUUGACAACAAUUUGAAGGUUGGAGAUGCAUGUGUGUUUGAACAACUAGAGUGCAGCAGUACUAGGCUAGUAUUCAGAGUCCAAAUUCUUAGAGGUGACAUCUCAUCUGAAUUUCUUGACAAGCUCGGUGGUGAUAAUGUAGAUGCACCAAUUGUUCUCGAAUAGCAUAUGACGUAUUGUCUUUUACUGGAUGUUGUCAAUUUCCCGAAUGAGAUUACUUUCGGGAGCUAAUAUGAUUUGAAUUUGAUGGAACUCUAGCAGAGCCUAUUAAGGAUGCGAGAAUUGUAUGACUUUGAGUCCAUGUUUUCUAGUCUAGGAGUUACGGUGUCAUUUGACACGAUACUUUAGUAACAUGAGCAUCUAUUAUUGUUCGAAUACCUUUAAA